AUGGCUUUAGAGUUACAAGCUAUGAAUUCUUCUCCAACACAAGCUCCUAUUCCAUUCCCCAUCUUCAAAAACCAACCAGAGAAGAAUCAAAAGGAUCUUGAGCAACAAGACUCUUUCGUUAAGAAGAAACGAUCUAAACGACCGCGUAUUGGAAAUCCACCCACCGAAGAAGAAUAUCUCGCUCUUUGUCUCAUCAUGCUCGCACAAGGGAACACCAACGACACCGACAACAAGACUCGAUCUCAUCACCAAACUGAAUCAUCAUCCUCACAAUCACAAUCACAACAAACGUCUCCACCGCCACCACCACCGCCUCUGAAGCUCAAUCACAGGUGCACCGUCUGCGACAAAGCUUUCCCUUCUUAUCAAGCACUCGGUGGUCACAAAGCCAGUCACCGCAAAUCCUCAUUAGAAAACCAAUCCACCGCCGUCAACGACAUCGUAACCGUCUCAACUACCACCACCACCACCGGAAAGAUGCACGAGUGUUCCAUCUGUCACAAGAGUUUCCCCACUGGUCAAGCUCUUGGUGGACACAAACGCUGCCACUACGAAGGAGGUAUCCAUAACAACACCAACAACAACAAACAGAGUAACAAUCACAAUAUCAGUAACAGCAACGCCAACGCCAAUAACAGUAGUAACAUCACAAUCUCUGACGUUACCGCCGCGUCCUCCUCUAUCAGCCACCGUGGCUUCGACCUCAACCUACCAGCACCUCUCACUGAAUUCUGGUCUCCGGUAGAUUUCACCACUGGUGAUUCCAAGAAGACCAAACUUAACGUCAAUCUCGCCGGAAAUGGCGAACAAGAGGUGGAAAGUCCGCUGCCGGUAACCGCCAAACGGCCGCGUCUGUUUUCCGAGGAAGACAAUGACGAAACGGCGUAG